AUGGCAAAGAGAAGAAAUCCAAAGCUAAAGGUGGGCAGAUAUGACAAAGAGUCUGACAAAAAAUCAAAGAAAGACACCAAGAAAAAGGAACCAGCUUCUCUCUUCUCUGUAAAUGGAGAUAAGGAUAAGUCAGACUCCAAGAGCAAGAAGAAAGCAGCCAAAUCAGAUAGUGAAGACAGCGAACCAGAAACCAAGUCCAGCAAGUCAAAAUCAAAGAAGAAGGAGAACGCCAACCCAGCAUCCAUGUUCUCAGCAGGGGGGGAAAAGGACAAGGACAAAGACAAGGACAAAGACAAGGACAAAGACAAGGACAAGAAGAAGAAGAAGAAAGCCAAAGCAUCAGACAGUGAUGAUUCUGACUCCGAGGCAGAAAAAGGAAAAAAGAAAAAGGGAAAAGGGAAGAAGAAAAAGGAGGAGAGGCCUCCGUCCCCGGACAUUGAGUUUGACAGCCUGGAGGAGUUUGUUCUGCAGCCAGCCCAGCAGGGGGUGACUGUCAAAUGCAAGGUGACCCGGGACCAGAGGGGCUUGGACAAAGGCCUAUACCCCACAUACUAUCUCCACCUGGACAAUGAAAAGAAGGUCUUUCUACUGGCUGGGAGAAAACGAAAGAAAAGCACAACCUCCAAUUACCUUAUCUCCAUAGACCCCACAGACUUGUCUCGGGGUGGAGAAAAUUUCAUUGGAAAGUUGAGGUCCAACUACUUGGGCACGAAGUUCACAGUGUUUGAUAAUGCACUGCACCCAGACAGAGCUCUACCAGACAUGUCCAACGCUCGCCAAGAAUUAGCAGCCAUUAUUUACGAAACAAAUGUCUUGGGAAUGAAGGGUCCCAGAAGGCUGACCGUUAUCAUCCCAGGGAUGGGCAAGGACAGUGAACGAGUACCCAUCCGACCUCGCAGUGACAACGAUGGUUUACUGAUGAAGUUCCAGAAUAGAAAGUUGGACAAUCUAAUCGAACUCCACAACAAGACCCCCACGUGGAAUGAGGAGACGGCGUCCCAUGUGCUGAACUUCAACGGCAGGGUCACACAAGCCUCCAUCAAGAACUUUCAGAUCGUCCACAGCAAGGAUUUGGACUAUAUUGUGAUGCAGUUUGGACGAGUAGCAGACGAUGCCUUCACUCUGGACUAUAGCUACCCCAUGUGUGCAGUGCAGGCCUUUGCCAUCGCUCUAUCAAGCUUCGAUGGCAAAAUAACCUGUGAAUAAGAGGGAACCAUUUAGGCUCUGGUGCCUCCUCAAGCUGCUGCAACUCGUUAUUGGCAUACAGAUGCCAACUACCAGAAAGAAGAAUCUCCUUCACCAUUUCUCAACAUCAGUGCAAGGUACAUAGAAGGACGGAUGUCCUAGAUGAGAUGGGGGUCCAAGUGCAUUUCAUAUCACAUGGACUGCCUCGGGAUUGUUUUGUAUGUUUGUGUCUCAUUGCAAUGAUAAUCAUGAGCUUUUCUGGGAACCAGAUUAUUUUUACCAAUUGGAGAUCCUUGAGUGCAGUGACGGACGAGAGGGGAUGCUGAUGCACCAUGCAAGUCUGAGCACUGGAGUUUUGGUGCUUUGGAAUUGGCAUUACACCAUUUCAGUGUAGGGGGAUGUGGACCAAUUGGGGGAUGAAAGUGACAUCGGAAGAGUGAAAGCCUAUUUUCCACCUAUGUCAAUGCUUUUAUAGCAUAGUACAUGUCCAAUAUUCAUUCAUUCUGUUGCGUUUAAUUUGGAAUACAAAUCCAGUAAUGUGUCGGUAAAAAAUGUAUCUAUUGGUAAAAAAAUGUAUAUAUUGGUAAAACAAAACUGUGUCUACGUGGACUUAUAGAAAAUGAAUUUMAAAAUAUGUCAAAGUAUAUUUAUUUAGGCCUACUUGUUCUUAUUAUUUUUAGGGUUAUGUAUGUUUCCAUGCAUUAUUUGUGGUAUUUCCAGAUUAUGAAAUUGACUUAAUUUUACAAAUUAGAGGUUUCAUUGUGAACAGUUAUGAGGCAAAGGUAUAAGGCACUAUGCUUGUACCAUGUGACUGUGGGCAGUCACAAGUGUUUCUCUAAUCAUCUCAUUUGCUGUUCUCAUUCCACUCAAGUGACAAUUUUGUUGUUGUUCUGAUACCUGCCUUUUUAAGUUAUAUGUUCUCUCUUAGGCUAGAUUCUGUCUUUGUAUGUAUCAUGUGGACAAGAGCCUUAUAUUGACAGAUAUUGACAAAUAUAAGGCACUGAUGUGGACCAUUGUUGUUUUGAUAAGGAUAGUUAAUAUAUGUUCCAAAGGUAAACAAUACAUUUCAGUCUCUUGUGAACUUCUCUUGAUAGAAAGGCUUGAAGAUAACAUGCUCAAUAAUGAAUUA